GCCAAGAUGGCCGACUUAAAAGAAAAUAAAGCCCGAUUAUUAAAGGGUUCAAAACAUAUGAUAUGCGUUGAAGAAGCAGUAGAUAAUGUGAUAGUUGUUCGCUUAGACAUACGUGGCACAGUUUAUAGGGGUGUUUUGUUAAAUUCCACAAGCGAAAAUAUACCAUAUGGGGUAAAUUUGAGCCGUAUUCGUGGAGAUGUAGCCAGCAAAGCAGACCCAUGUCCACAAUCGGACAAGAAAUCUUCCAUUGAAAACUCGAGCGUGGUGGCCCGGCACACAUACGUCGCAGAUUCUCCAGGAGAGGCGCCUCAAAUCUCACAGCCAGCUUCUCAAGUAUUUAAUAAGAGUUGGAAGGACAAGACGAUACGUAAUAUUCGGCUACGCCCGCGGCAGGUUUUGUGUUCGAAGUGUAAAGCAAGUUGCAACGAGGGUGGUGAGGCCAGGAAGGCGCCCCCAAAUCCACCCACGAAACAACCAACUCCUCUUCCCCCACAAAUAAUGCCUCAUCCUAGGGUGGUCCUAAGAAAACGGCGGUCAGAAUUUGUGACAAUUGACGACCCAGAAUAUAUGGGGUCGAAGAAAAUUAAGCUCAGUUCUACACCGAUUAUAAAGAAAACUAGCCCUGUUAUCAAAAUCUCAUUUGCUAACCCGCAGGGGAAAGGUACCGUUGUUGAAAUCGCGCCUAAGGUUCAGACUGAGUGUGGAUCGGAUAGUGAUACUGAUGACUACGAGUAUUUGAGAUUAAUGGAUGGGAAAGGGGAUGCCACUGAUGGUCAUGACAUGGGUGUGUACGGACACAAAAAGGUGAAAAAGUCUUUGAAGAAAGCAAGAGAAAACAAAACUGCUCAAAGUCCUUUGUAUGAACCAGCACCUGAGACAACUAAGCGCACAAAGCACAAUAAGCACAAAGUUAAACAUAGGCACAGACAUCGCCAUGGCGGUACGAAACAGGGACGACACAAACAGAAGAAAGAAAUAAAAUCGGAAAAAUAUGACUUUCCUACACCGCUCUCGCCCGCAUCAAUUGCAAUGCCAAGCCCUCGGGAAGGCGGCAAUACCCCAAGUAGUAACUCCCAUGGUGGGUAUCAAGGGGUACCAGGCUUGUGGCCUGGUCAACCAAUAGGUAUGGAGAGUCCCGCUGCUACACCAGUUAGUCCCAUGAGACAAGUAAACCCUCUUUACUCUCCGAUGAUAAGCGAACAGCAAAGCGAUGACAGUGAAAAUACAUUGGUGCCCACUUCUAAUGACGGACUCGUGACGCUUCUGAAACCAUGUCGCGGUGCAUCAAUGGAGUCUCCUGUCUCUCGUGGGACAGCAGAGAACGUUUUGUCAAGUAACAAUCGCGUUGGGAAUACCGACAAUUCAGAUUCUGCUUCAAAUUCCGAUUCAUCGGAAUAUGCGAGUCAGGCACCGCCUAAUAUGGACACAGUAGAACAGAUACGCCCUCUGAUGAUGAGGAUUCAGACAAAAUAUGUGAAAAAGGUUGUCCUUGAUGACGGUCGCGGUAUUGGUGUGGGCGACAUCGUUUGGGGGAAAAUUCACGGUUUUCCCUGGUGGCCCGGUCGUGUGAACUCAAUCAGUAUCAGUCAGAAGGACAAUGGAGUAAUGAUAUCCCAACAAGCUCAUGUAUCUUGGUUCGGGUCGUCGACGAUGUCCAACAUGCUCUGCUCCGAUCUGUUUCCAUUCUUGGAAGAGUUCAAGCUACGCUUCAAGAAGAAAAAACGUGGCCCGUACAAGAUUGCUAUCAAGCAAGCGACAAUGGCAGCCCAGGCGCUGCUCGGAGACGACCAUCCAGUGUAUGAAUUGGAUGGUCUCGAUACAUUAUAACUUGUUCACUACAUUUCAAAAAUGAUCUUCUUCUGCAACAUUCGCUUUAUCCUUGGUGCCAAAACAAGAACGUCUGGUGAUGGGAGGUGGAGGGAGGCAAAACAAUACCGACCUACAAUUACACAGACAUGAUAGACGCUCAAAGUCUGUGUAACAGUAACCUAGGUCCAUGUACAUUGUAUGAUUCUAGUCAUUUUCAUGCAGCUGUCAAUUUAAACCCUGUACCCCCUCUCAGAGGUCACGACUAAUUUAGUGUCAAGUUCCAUGUGAACAGUUGUUUGGCUCGUUGACAUUUCGUCGACCAGAAAACUAUGUAGGUGUUUAAAAUGUUUCAACUAUUUCUUAGUUCACAAUAAACAUGAUAGAAAGCUAUUUAUAGUCAGGAAAAAAAAUUUGAAAAUGUAGAGCCCCUGGCAGUUUCAAGUCCGUAGUGAAUUAGUUUUGAAUCUUGGCCCAGGAAAAAAGUGUGUCCUAUUAAUUGGUGAUUGUCAAAGGGGGGGGUACAGGGUUUACCGCUGUAUUACAUGUAGUUCCUGUUGGUCGUGUCUGUGCUGUAUGGUAAAAAUAACAAAACGUCGCUUUAUUCUCUGUAGCGUAAUACAAAAAUUGUAGACAGCGUGCUGGAAUUACUUUGCUAGAUCUUUUCGGGAUUGUUUUAUACAAUGCUAACUAUGUUUACAAUAUCAUUAUCACAUAUUCACAUUCACAUGCAUCGCGUAUUAAUGGAUGUUGCCAAUCUCCUUGGGUUUCGAUUUCGAAAUGCAACCAUCAAUGAAUUAGUCCUCUGUUCAAUACUAAUCUUGAAAGGCUGUUAGUGGUAUUUAGAGUGUACGCAUACACCCCGGUAGUAAGGGAUGUCAUCCGGCCAGGAAAAGUCAGCUACUGACCAUUCUGACUGACAUUGUGACUGAUUGGAAAAAGUACAGUUGGCGUGUCCUUGCAUCCUGACGUCUCGACCUCAUUUGCAAGAUGUUCAUUGUCCCUUGUGACUCCCCUGGUCUUUUUUGUUUGGCUGCUCAUCCAUUCGUCAUUAUUUGUGAUGUGUCUCAUUCUUGAUCACGAUUUAUCAAUGUUGUCGGUAAAAAAUGUUAUCACAACCAUGACGCAUUCUAGCUCAGAUUUUUUAAAGAAUAUACAUGUACCCAGUACUAUUUGCUUGGGUUGAAACUACUUCUUCCAGCGGAAUACACCUACUGGUAUUGUGUGUGGAGAAGUGUACUUUUGUUGUAAACUUUCAUAAAUUUGUGAACUUUUUUUUCUCAAUCAUUUUGAACUUAGAUAGGCCAAGUGCAUAUCUCUUGAAAAUUGAAUUUGUGAACUGACAUUAUGGAUUUUCCUACUGAAUCCAGGUGUCAAUUAAGAAGUUUCUGGGAGUUGAGAAUAUUCUUACCAAGUUUCAUUAUGAUAGCAUUUGCGACUUUUGAAAUACAAUUGAAAUGACUUUUUAGGCAGAAUAAUAUUAAAGUAGUGAGUAUGUAAUUAGUGUCGGGCAGACCGUUCAUUUGCUCUACAGGUAUCAAGCUGUAUCAAACCAACAAGUAAAUAUUGACUGAUUUGUAAUUGGAACGCUGAGGCGUACCCCUUUAAAAGCUCAAGUGCAGUAUAUUGCAUUAUAUUGUACACUGGUCUGCUUGCUGGAUCUUCAACUAGAUGUUUGUAUUGUAAUGUGGAUCACUCAAACAAUAGUGCAAUGUUUUGGAAAUUAGAAAUUUUCAAGUAUUAAGGUAAAGUGGUACAAUUAUUGCCCCAGUACAAUUAUACCCCAGUACAAUUAUACCCCUACUGCAGUGUAAAACACACAAAGGCUAUAAUUGUCCCGUGCCUAUCAUUGUACCACUUCGCCUUAACCAAUUCUGUAUGAUUCAGCCUGGUCUCGUGGCACACUCCCCUGUUGUGUAUUACUCGUUUAAAACAGAGCGUUGAAACUUUCUGAGCGGUGAGAAUUAUUUCAGGGAUGUUCACUGGAGAAAGACGAUAUUUUUAAGUUUGGAUUUUUUCCAAACCAUCUGACAUGUCUAAUGGCUAUAUUAGUCAGGUUUGAUUUAUUUACUGUAUUAGCUCUUUACCGAAAUGGAAUAUCACAGUGUUCAGUGGAUCCUGUACAUUGCUUUUCUAAUAAAUGUGUAUGUAAUCAAA